UAAGCAAAGAUUAACCUAAAGCCUAAAGUCCCUAAUCUCUCCUCUCUCUCUCUCUCACUCUCCCUCUGCCGACCCCACUCUUCCCCUCUCUCUCCCCUUGGCUGCGUACAACAGCUCUCCCCACCUCUUCUUCUUCUUGCUGGCGACCAGCAGCCUUCCCCCCCCUCCCCCCCCCCCCCCCUCUUUUGCUUCCCUUUCCUAAAUCCCCGGAUCAAUCCCUAGUUGAUCCUAAUCCCUAAUUCGCAGGUAGGGCUCAUCUUGAGUUCUAUCAGACCGGCCAAUUGGUUCCUGCCAAGCAGUGCGAGGCUUAGCAUUUUCAAAUUCCCGAAAUCGGUGGGGAUCCGUCCGUAGAUCUGGUUGUUGUUUAGUUCUAGAUGAUUCAAGCACUCCAAUUUGGAAACCGAGGCCGGGAUUUCCCCCGAGGUUUUGUUGUCGGCGAGAUUGAGUACCACGAGGCGGCCGAGGUUGCCGAUUUGGGAGGGGAUCUGGCCGGAGUGGCUGUUGCUGACGAGAUCCAGGACGCGGAGGUUCGAGAGCGAAGAGACGCAGUCGGGGAUCUCGCCAGAGAGGCUCUUCCAGUCAACGACGAUGAGCGUGGUGAACUGAUCGAGCUUGCAGAUGGCGGGGAAAUGGUCAUGGUCAUGUAGCCGUAGGUCCGCCCGACUUUUGUGAGGAUUGGAUCCUCUAACUCGCCGCGGAGGUUGAUUUCGGUGACUCGGCAGGUGGCGGGGUCGCAGCUGACGCCGAAGUAGUUGGUGAAUUAGAAACAAAGAAGAGGGAGCUGGGGUAUUGCAUACCGAGAGUGUGGGCUGAGGGUUGGGAAAGGGAUCGUCGGGAAGAAGGGUUGGGUAACAAUAAGGCUGUGUGGGCUGAGUGAGGAGAGAGAGAGAAUGUGGAUUUUAUUUUAUUAAAUUAUUAUUUUCCACAUGGAAUCCACGUCAGCGUAGCAUGGUGAUUCACUAACGGUCAAUGAUGUUGACCGUCUAAUUUGACGGAAAUUCACGAGUCGAGCCAAUUAAAUCUAUAUGGUGCAUAGUUGAGGUCAGAAUGUUAAUUUUUGAAACCACGUGCCAAAGUUGAUUAUAUGGUCAUAGUUCAGGCCAAAAUAAGGUAUUAACCCUAAC